AUGCACGUAGUUGCGCUGUGCCCUAUCCCCCCUUUCGCUCCUCUUCCGCUCUCUCAUAUUCGCGCCUGUGAUGACGUGCGGCCCACCUGCGCGUACCAGAAGGCCCCUGCUGCUUGCUACGCUUGCCAUUUACUGAACCGCCGAGGUGAGAGCCCGAUUGCUAAUGAUGAUGUCGCGUUACGUCUUGUGCGUGCUGUCCGUUGCCCUUUGCUUUGCCUGCGCGUGCGUGGUGGCACAGGACGAGGCAACAACCACGACAACCACUGUGGCUCCCGGACAACCGGCGACGACGACAACCACUGUGGCUCCCGGACAACCGGCGACGACGACGACCACCGUGGCUCCCGGAGCACCGGCGACGACCACCACCACUGUGGCUCCCGGAGCACCGGCGACGACGACGACCACUGCGGCUCCCCGACCACCGGCGACGACGACGACCACUGCUGCGCCCGCAAGAAGCACGACGACGACGGCUGCACCGGGCGGCUCUGCCAACAGCGACGGAAGCAGCAGCAGCAGCGGCUCUGCGUGGGUUCACGUGCCGCUGCUGGUGGCGGCUGUGGCGGCGUCCGUGGCUGCGUGCUGAGUGGCACCAACGGGAGGAACGCGGGUGGCCGCGUCGUCGGCUGA